GCGGAACGUCCUCUACUUCCUGCUUUCGUUUCGCGCUCUCCCGCCAUAGGUUGUGAUGGAACGCUACGCUAAAUCGCCACCUAGGAUCGAGGGUAUGGUCUCUCUGAAGGUGGACAACCUGGCCUACCGCACCACUAUCGAGGAUUUACGCCGUGUCUUCAGCCGGUACGGUGAAGUUGACGUUCCAGGUCUCCACGACGAAAUGGAAGACGUUCGCGGUCGUUUUCUCCUGGGCGUGAUCGCCGGCCUCCACGCGCGGAGCUGUUUCGCUGGGGUGGAGUGCAUUGUUUGCAGUCUGACCACUUCUGUUCGGGGUAUGCACGAGCUGAAAUGUGGCGGUCGCUGA